AUGCCCGGGUUCAGGAAAUGGUCCGAUGUGGCGGCAAUGGAGAAUGGGUUAAACUACCAGCCACCGCCGCCAGCAUUGUCGUCACCGUCACCCAAGAUUCUUCCCACCCUGGAAGCGGAUCGAGACGACCUAAUAAACAUACUACCGCAGGGGUCAGUCCAAGGACUAACGGCCGUAGCGGUCAUUUCCUUGAUAUCAUUCUUGGCCUGUCUGGGACUGUCGAUAUAUCUCACGUGGAAACUGAUAUCUUGGAACCUCCGCCCUUUCCCGCCGAGUCCACCAAACCAGCAGCAAUGCUCGUCGGUCCCCGAGCGUCGCUCCCAGACCACGCUCGACUAUGGCGGCAUGAACAUACCGGCCGAGCAUCUGUGCCCGCAAAUGGAAACGAACGAUGAUGCACCCGGAGACGCCGGCGAGAAAUCCUUCAAGGGCCUGAGGCUUUUCGUGGAGCGGCUGAGGAGGGAGCCCCCGAACCAGUUCCUCAUCCUCAUCUACAACCUCUUGCUGGCCGACGUCCAGCAGUCCUUGGCGUUCCUCUUCAGCUUCCACUGGGCAGCGCGGGGCAGCCUCGACGGACGGAGCAGGAUGUGCUGGGCGCAGGGCUGGUUUCUCUCCAUUGGCGACCUGGGGUCCAGUCUGAUGAUCACCGCCAUCGCCGUUCAUACCUACCUCGGGGUCAUCAAGAACUACCGGCCAUCCACGUGCGUCUUCUACGUCGUUCUCGCGUCGCUGUGGCUGAUUGACUAUUUGUUUGCGGUGACGGGAGUGUUUAUGACGUGGCGAACCGAGUCGCCGUUGUUUGCGCCGGUGGGGGUCUGGUGCGGCAUCAAUCCUGAACGCCAAGAUAUACGACUGUACCUCCACUACCUGUGGACAUCCCUCUCCAUCGUCGUCAUCACCGUCGUCUACAUCUACAUAUACAUCUACCUGCAACGAAAGAAAGUUCACAGCGGCAAGGUCCAACACUACCCAUACGGACCGUAUCACAAAAUGCAACCACGGCCCAAGACGCCAUCCCCGGCCGCCAAGCACGACUUGAAAGCCAGCCCAGGCGGGCUAUCGACGCCACCCGUGGCCCAUUCUGCGCCGAAAAACAGCGCCGACGAAGACGGCACGACGAGCACCAAGGCCAAGACGAAAAACGGCCUCGGGACCCCCGCCGGAUCGACCAAGCGCCACCCGGCCUUCCUCCUCUACCCGCUGAUCUACAUACUCUGCACAGCACCGCUGUCGCUCUGCCGCGUGGCGGGGCGGGCGACGGCCGACGCGCCGUCGGGCUAUCUGUGCUUCGCGGGCGUGAUGCUCGGAGGCGCGGGGCUGCUGGACGCACUGCUGUACGCGACGACACGGCGGUCCAUCAUCUUCGCGGGCGAGAAGCCGCCGACGCAGGACACGGGCAUCGACACGUUUGCCUUUGUGCGGACGCCGCCGGGGAGGAAGUUUGGCAACGUCGUGUUUGUGCGGGGCGGCGAGGCCGACGAGGAGAUGGGCGUCGGCGCGGGGAGGGACGGUGGCAGCAGCAGUACUAGCAGCAACAACAGCAGCAAUAACAGCAGCAACAGCAGCAGUAAGAGCGGCGGCGGCGGCGGCGCGGGGGAUGAUUCCUUGCAGGACCGCCGGCGGGUCGAGGUCGGCGAGGCCAAGCAAAAGUUCUCCGCUGCUGCCGUGGGCGGGUUUCUGCAAAUGAUGAGGCCGGGCUGGAGGGAGCAGAGGAGGAACAAGAAGGAUAAUCACCACCUCAGGGUCUCCGGGAUGGACACGACGGGGUUGAGGAUACAGUGUGAGACGGUCAUGAGCGUCUCGGUCGAGAUGGAUCCCGACAGAAUGAACAGGUCACAAGCGAGCUUGACGAGCGAGUUUUCAGCGGUCGAAACGGCAUGUGGACCGGCGAGGGCCUCAAAGCCGUGA